AUGAUAGUAAGGGUUGAGAACCCAACUAUUUCAAAGAAGGAGACGACAGAAAACCAAGAGAUUGCUACAGUCUAUCCACAUAUCGAAGAAUUGCUCAGUCCAAAGUCCAAUAUUCAAACCAUUGCAGAUACAUCGCCGAUUUUGAAAGACUUGCCUGUGGAAUCCAGCUCUAGCGAAGAUAAUGAUAAUGACUCUCAAGAUCUGAACCAUUUUCUGCUUCUAGAUCAAGUAAUUCAAGAUUAUAUGAUUCGCUUAAAGGAUUAUGGCACAGCCCAACUAAGUCAAAGACAAGAAGGUCAUAUUUUAGCUCUUCCGAAGCUUUUAUCUCAUAAAGAAGAGAAUAUUCUUUUGAAGCAUUUUUUUGAAGAAGUAUUGCCAUUAUUGGACGCAAAUCCUGCAGCACCAUGGGCCAAAUUGACCUUAAGCUAUUGUAAAUUUGAUGUCGCAAAGAAUUGUUUUUUAUGUAUUGCCAGUGUUCAUUUACAAAAGAGAAAAAAUCAUCAGAACCAAGAACUUUAUACAAACAGCGUCACUUACUUGUCUUCUAUAAUGGAAGUCUUCUUGAAACUAAUUGGUCCUAAGAAUGUUGCGGCAGGAAUGAAGAUUACUAGUAAUGAUGCGCUGAAUUCAUUCAUGAUAUUAGUUCUCAUAUACAUAUUCUUGAUAUAUACAUUUAUUGAAAGUGGAAUCAGCUCUUCGGCAAGACAAUGUUUCCUGGUAUUUGAUAAUAUUGUGAGUGGAGAUGAGCUUUUGGUUCACAUGGCUGAAAAUACCAGUAAUGAAGACUUGAUAUCAUUGAUAGCAGUGUUGUCUUGGUUUGACUGUAUUGCUGCUAUAACGUCUUAUGAUUGCAGACUACCGCUUUGUCAGGAUGAGUGGUUCGGUAGUGACAAUAGCUCCUUUUCCCUUAGAGAGAUAAUGGGUUGCCCCCGACAAAUAUUUGUUAUAUUGAGGGCCAUUUCAGAGAUUCGUUACAAGUUAAGACGAAACAUUUUAACAAAUAACUCAAUUAGCUUAAGAAUGUCAUAUGAUAGUCUUGAGGCAAGAAUCGUGAAAUACAGAGAAUAUGUAAUCCCUGGCCUUGAGGAUGAUAAUUAUCAAUGUCAGCUUAAAUGUGCCCAGUGCUGGGCUAUUGCUGCUUAUGUCUCAUUGAUUAGAGUGAUCAGUUAUAACGAAGUAAUGAUAAAGCCCUUAAUUAAUGAAUUUUUAGAUGUUUAUGGUACUUUGGAUCAGAAUGACAGGAUAGUAACUCAAAUGAUAUGGCCAUUGUUUAUUGUUGGGUGUGAAUGUCAAAAUAAUAAAGAAAGGCUUACUUGGUUGUCUUAUAUUGAUAGUCUUUAUAAUAUUACUCUUACUGGUGUUGUUUCAAGCACGAAAAAGAUUGUCACAGAUAUUUGGGAAACGCAACAGCCUGUUGAAGCAUGCAUUAUGGCAUUUGCUUCCGAAAACAAAGAUUUUCUUCCUGUCUAG